ACGAAGCCUCAAGGACCUUUUAUUACAAGUCAUUCAAACGUCGGAUCAGCAAUUCUACAUUCGGAAGUUGAUGGGAUUCAAAUUCAGGAUUGAAUACAAGCCCGGGGCAUCCAAUCGGGCGGCCGAUGCUUUAUCACGGCGUGAUGAUGAUGAUCCAGCCAUGUUGUUCGUCACCACUGCCCAGCCGCUCCCUCUCCUUCUUGAAUCACUACGGGCAGAAAACGCCGCCCUCCCAGACCUGCGCCAGUUGCAUGAAGCGUGUGCGGCAGGGAAGGCUCCGGCGCAUAUCUCCGUACACACGGGGUUACUUUAUUACAAACGACGCCUUCAUGUCAGCCCGGUGUCGCCCUUGAGAGUUCAUAUCCUGACCGAGUUCCACAGUACUCCGCUCGCGGGUCACCAAGGGGUUGAGCGGACCUUUCGUAGAAUUGCAGCGGUAUUUUAUUGGCCAGCCUUACGACGCGAAGUGCGUCAAUUUGUGGCCUCGUGUGAAGUCUGCCAAGUGACCAAGUAUUCCACGCAAAAGCCAGCCGGCCUACUCCAACCUUUGCCAAUUCCGGACCGGGUUUGGGAUUCGGCUUCUAUGGACUUCAUAACCGGCCUGCCCACAUCGCAAGGAUUCACUGCUAUUAUGGUCGUGGUGGAUAGGCUAAGCAAAUAUGCUCACUUCGGGCCCUUGCCGACAGGGUUUGAUGCGCCACGGGCUGCCUGCCUAUUCGUCGAUAUUGUGGUCAAGCAUCAUGGGUUCCCUCUCAGUAUCAUCUCGGAUCGCGAUUCGAUUUUUAUGAGCCUUUUUUGGCGGGAAUCCAUGCGCUUGAGCGGCACUACACUGAAGUUCUCGACGGCUUAUCAUCCCCAAACGGACGGACAAAUGGAGGUGGUAAAUCGGGGACUCGAACAAUACCUUCGUGCUUUUACUUAUGAACGCCCAUCCAAGUGGGCUCUAUUUCUCCCAUGGGCUGAGCUUGCAUUAAACUGUAGUCAUCAUGAGGGAAUUGGCAUGUCCCCCUUCAAGGCUCUUUAUGGUAGGGAUCCACCGCUGCUAUUUUCCACUCUUUCUGUUCGAGCACGCACACCGGAAGUCGAGGCGGUCUUGCAAGAACGGGCUGAUUUGCUAAAUGAUUUGAAAGCUCACUUGUCGAAAAUGCAGAACCGUAUGCGGGCCCAAGCAAAUAAGCACCGUAGAGACGUCUCCUUCGCCGUGGGUGACCGAGUGUUGCUCAAACUCCAACCUUAUCGACAACACUCAGCGGGGCGUCCCCUCUCUGCUAAGUUGGGGCGUCGCUACUACGGCCCUUUCGAAAUUCUUGAGCGUGUUGGAUCAGUGGCUUAUCGCUUGCGUUUACCAGAAGGGUGUCGUAUCCACGAUGUCUUUCAUGUGUCUCUUCUCCGCCCAUUUGUUAGUCGGCCAGACAGUGCUCCUAAUCCUACAUUGCCAGAUAGCUUCUUUAAGGGUCGGCCCAUAUCUGUCCCUGUUACGGCCCUUCAAAGUCGCAUGAUUUUGGUGGAUGGCACCCCACAACACCAAUGGCUGAUUCGGUGGUCGGACGAUGCCAACGGGGGUUUAACGUGGGAACCAGUAGAGGCUCUGUUGCGCCACUUUCCGAAUCUUCGCCUUGAGGACAAGGCGGACGUUAACCCGGGGGGAGUUGUUAUGGGUGAUACGAAUAAAGCCCAAGGGGAAACCACAAGCGGGGCCCAAGCGGAGCAAGUCCGCAUGGGGUGUCCACGAAGGAACGUCGGGCCACCCCGACGUUAUUACGACUACGUUUGAUAUUUUUAUUUUAAUAUUUCCCUUGUAACGUAGAUUUUUCUAGGUGAGCGAAUUAUAAGCUCCUUCGAGGGUUUCUUUUCGGUUCUUUACCUCGAUGCUUUUUUUGAACCGACAGGUUAGAUAAUUAAUUAAUUAGGGUUAGGGAA